AUGGAAUAUUUUGCUGCCACUUCCUUCACAACCUUACUUCUUGUCUUAGCAAUCACCUUAUUUUACUUCACGAUCAAAUCCAACAAGAAUGUCAAGAAACAUCCAUUGCCUCCAGGUCCAAAACCAUGGCCUAUUGUUGGGUGCCUCCCUACCAUGCUUCGAAAUAAGCCAGCGCCUCGAUGGAUACAUAGUCUCAUGAAAGAAAUGAACACUGAAAUAGCUUGUAUCCGUCUAGGAAACGUUAAUGUAAUUCCUGUCACUUGUCCUGAUAUCGCAUGUGAAUUCUUAAAGGCAAAAGAUGGUAUCUUUGCAUCUAGGCCUAAUAUCAUAUCGGCCAAAAUUGUGUCAAGAGAUUACUUAGCAACAAUACUGAGUCCGUUUGGAGACCAAUGGAAUAAAAUGAAGAAAGUGAUGAUGACACAAGUGCUUUCUUCUGCAAGGCAUCAGUGGCUUUAUGGAAAAAGAGUUGAAGAAGCCGAUCACCUUGUUCAUUAUGUGUAUAACCAAUGCAAGAAAGUUGCAGAUCAAGAAGGGGUAAUCAAUUUGAGAAUGGCUGCACAACACUACUGUGCAAAUUUGGUUAGGAAGAUGAUGUUUAAUAUGAGGUUUUUUGGCGAGGGAAUGGAAGAUGGUGGGCCUGGUUUCGAAGAAGAGCAACAUGUGGAAGCAAUUUUCACUAUCAUUAAUCAUUUAUUUUCAUUUUGUAUCUCUGAUUUUUUGCCAUCUCUAGUAGGGUUUGACUUAGAUGGCCAUGAGAAGGUGGUGGAGGAGAGUCAUGGGAUCGUCAAUAAAUAUCAUGAUCCCAUAAUUGACCAAAGGGUCAAACAAUGGAAGGAUGGCACGAAGAAGGAUAUGGAGGACUUGCUUGAUGUAUUAAUUACCCUAAAAGAUGGCAAAGGCAAGCCUUUGCUGUCAAAAGAUGAGAUCAAAGCUCAAACUACGUUCAAACCAGAGCGUCACCUCAACGGAACAAACAAAGUGGUGCUCACUGAGAAUAAUCUGCGAUUCAUUUCGUUUACAACGGGAAAACGUGGGUGCAUAGGUGUGACACUUGGGACUUCCAUGACUACCAUGCUAUUUGCAAGACUUCUUCAAGGGUUUACUUGGAGUUUACCACCUGAACAGUCCUGCAUCGACCUUACCAAUGCAGAAGACAGCAUGGCACUUGCAAAACCACUGCUUGCAGUUGCAAAACCACGCUUGCCUCCACAUUUGUAUCAUUAG